AUGGCAACCCGCCCAACCGUUCGCGUGAUAACCUUCAACAUUCAUGAGGAAACAAAGUCCAACAUUCCAGAACACGAACAAUCUGACGGCAUCAUUGAAGAGAGAAUCAUGUGGGAGACGAGGGAAGACACCAUUGGGAUUGUCCCGGCUGCUUCUACGCAGCCAGCAUUGGCACCGCCAGAUAACACUGCAGACGCAAACACCGCAGACAACAGCCCAGCCGUGCUUCUUGCGGAAGAUGUGCCAGACGAUGAGUCUGCUCGAGGAGAGAGUAUCGCCUCGUCGAGUACCAGUGUGACAGAGUCUGUUCUUGAAUAUCGCAUUGAGAAUGGUCGAACGUAUCACAAAUACAAAGACGGUAAAUACCAUCUUCCGAACGAUGAAAGGGAGAAUGAUCGCCUCGACGUUCAACAUAACAUGUGGCUGCUUACUUUCGACAAUCGUCUGGGAACUGCACCGCCGAACGAUCCUAACUCUAAAGUUGGAAGAGUUCUUGAUGUUGGAACCGGAACGGGGAUCUGGGCCAUGGAGUUUGGAGAAGAACAUCCGGAUGCAGAGGUUCUUGGAGUUGAUUUAUCGGCCAUCCAGCCAGAAUUUACUCCUACGAAUGUCAAGUUUCAAAUUGACGACAUCGAGGAACCGUGGACUUACUCUCAGACCUUCGACUAUAUCCACAGUCGAACCAUGACCUUCAGUGUGGCUGAUUGGAAAGAAUAUAUCCAGAAAUGCUACAACAACCUCAGCCCCAAUGGCUACCUUGAAUUGAACGAAGUCGACCUAUGGCCAAAGUCCGAUGACGAAACAUUGAAGGAUGACUCUGCUGUCUUGAAGUUCGUUCGCCUUUGGGCAGAGGCUGCGGUCAUGUUUGGGCGCCCAUUCCAGGACAUCAGAGUCUUGAAGGAUAUCAUGAUUGAGAUAGGCUUCGAAGACGUUUACGCUCAGAUGUUCAAAUGGCCCACGAAUUCAUGGCCUAAAGACCGGAAGCACAGGGAGCUCGGUUUCUGGAACCACGACAACUUCUGUGCCGGACUCGAGGGCUUCAUGAUGGCACCUCUUACGAGAGCUCACAACUGGACCAAAGAAGAGGUUACUGUUUUCGGGGUGGAGGUGCGCAACGAUAUGAGAAACAAAAACAUACACGCCUAUUCUGCCGUAUGGUCAAUCUACGGGCGAAAGCCAAGCGACAGUGAGGCCUCGAAGUAA